AUGUCGGAAACAUAUUCCAACAGGCUUUCAUCUGCCCUGAAAGAUCCGCAUCCUAUGGUGGAGCUGGCUCCACCACCAAACGCUCAUCCAGUCUCAGCACCACAUCCCAUAUACCCACCCUUUCCGGAUGAGACACCCGGCAAGAGGCCAUCAGUGCCUUCUGUUUUGGGUCACCACUCCAGACCGAUGACUGCGGAGACCGCCAGACGUUCGAGACGCGAAUCAUACAACCUCAUUGGAAGCACCUUCCUCAUUACGAACGAUGGGAGAACGCUCAAGCUUCCCAUGCCCUCGAAUUCCAAAGCCGACCCUCUGAACUGGAACAGAUGGAAGACAGGCGGAGCAUUGUUCUCUGUAGCCCUUUUCUCUGUUGUUUGUCUAACUGCAGCACAAGCUGCGUCCGUCGUACUUGACGACAUCCAAAGAGAUUUCGCACACGAGGAUAUACCCGCAUGGCUACUCAAAGCCUUAGUAACAGCUCCUACCUUAUUCAUGGGCUUAGGAUGCUUUCUGUGGGUGCCGGUAUCCAUUGGUCUGGGCCGCCGGCCUACAAUGUUGAUCGCGACACUUGUCGUACUGCUCGCUAUGCUAUGGGCCGGCGAGGCAGGAUCAUUCCGUUCGCUCGUAGGCGCAGUCUGCUUCCUUGGUCUCGGCGAGGGGCUUGCGUUGUCCCUGGCUUUCCUGAUGGUCAUUGACCUUACCUACAUCAACCAGAGAUCGGCAGCAGUAGCACUCAUGUGGUGCAUGGCAGGAUGCUUUGGCACUUCUGGCGUUGCACUGGUGCCUGUAUUAGCAGACCACGGAAACAACUGGCGAAAUUUCUAUCAUUACUGGACCAUUCCCGUUGUCGUCUCGCUCGCUGUCACCUUCGCUCUCUAUCCCGAAACAUACUUCAAAAGGCCAACUGUAGCUUUCAAUGGACUUAUCCUAUUGCAAAGUGCUACCGAGAAGUUGACGGUCUACGAAGAUCGCGAGAAGGACUCCGAGAUAUAUCGCGAUCUGCCCGAAUACCCCUUGCGCACUGGUUUUGCAGGCUUUCGUGACAAGGCCGGUCUAUCGCGCUCACCCUUUGCAUCAUGGGCUUCGGCGGGUCGUUGCAUCAUCCAAAUGGCCUACUGUGCUGCCAACCCACUUAUCUUCUGGGUCUUCGUUGCCUCUGCCUUCAACUCGGCAAGCAUGAUCUUCAUCGGCGCGACGUACGCGCGCAUUCUCAUCGCACCGCCUUAUAACAUGUCGCCGAGUGUUGUUGGCACUGUCAAUGUCGCAUCGGGAUUCGGAGCCCUAUGUGGUCUGCCCAUAUUUGCUUUGCUCUUCUGCAAGGUGUUGAAACGCCUCUCAAGCCGCAAUCGAGGGGUAUUAGAGGCGGAGCACUAUCUUGUCGGCUACAUCCUACCCGUCAUCACCGGCGCGCUCAGCUCAGUGCUCUAUGGUCUUGCUGUUCACUUUCAUUGGCAACCUGUUGCCAUUUACUUCGCGUACGGUAUCAACGGCUUCUCCUUCAUAACACUCAUGAUCGCAAACACACUCUGGGUCACUGAAGCCUUCCCGCGAUGGGCUGCACCCGCUAUCGCUGUUGUUGGUGGAGGAUGCUACAUCCUCUCCUUUGCCAUGAGCUUUGCGCUUGUGCCUUGGAUCGACGCUCACGGAUACAUGUGGGUUGGUAUUGAACUCAUGAUCUUCCAGGUCUUGGGUGGGCUGGUGGCUAUGCCAGUUGCCUUUUGGGGUAAGAGCACGCGACAGGCCAUCGCUGGCAGGUGGUCUGAAGACCGGAGUGGUGCGCUUCGUCCGCUCUAG